GCAAAGAGCUGCAAACCACAAGCGUCCGCAGAAGUUAUAAGACUCAAAAAUUCAACCGGCAACGGUACUCGGAACUCCGUUCGGACUAUUAUGUAAGAUUAGGCAAUCUGCGAACACACAUCCACUUACAUACUCGCCCAACUCCCCCACUUGGCGGCUGAUUCUAUUUGGCAAGUUGCACUUGAGUGAUUUUUCGGGCUUCCAAAAAAAAAAAACAAAAAACGGAAAACCAACAAACCUUUGAACAGACGUGCAAUAUGUAAAGCGGCCCAAAUGACGUAGCCGAGAAAACCCGACCAAAGAGCUGCCAACCAAAGAUCGCGCAAUAUCAAAAAGCAUUAUCGAAAGUGAGACCAAGACAAAACCUCCCCCGCCCUCCGAAAAAAUAAGAGCUACCGUUUUGUAUCGCUUAAAGACCAACAUCGGAUCCGGAUCGUCAACUUUUAUGACCAACGUCGCGAGGAUUUGCUAAGCGCCCCGAAAUGGGCCAAGUUGUUCGGUGUCAGUUGGUCAAAGUGCGUGCCGAGCUGUGAACUGUGAACCGUGAAUCGGGCUUGUGGGUGUGAAAAAAAGCGCGUUGGAAAACCCAAAUUGAGUUGAGCAGGUCAGUGCUCAAACUGCCCUGAAAACAAGAGGCUAAACGGAUUUAAAUUAAAGGAACUUGUAUUAAAUAGCUGCCAGUCGAGUGACGGACAUGAAGAUGAGCAGAUUACCCAAGCGCUUCGGUCAGAUUCUGCUGAUGAUGCUGCUGAUGAAGCUGCAGCUGCAGCCCAUUAGCGGUUUGGAACAAAGCACAGACUACACGGUUGUUAGCAAAAGUGCAGGUGUGGCCACCACCACUUCGGCACCACCCACGCUGGUGCCACCACUACGCAUUUUUAAAGGUCGCAUUCAGACCACAACUCCAUCUGGAUUAUCCACUUCUGGUAGUCGUCCUUUGGCCGCUGGAGCUGAAGCGCAACAGGAGUUGGUUGGCAUCUCCAAGUCUUACAUCUCCGGACCCACCACACAACCCUCGAAGUUGUCUAAAAGAGCUGGAUUAGCAGGGCCUAAAAAGUUCCCGAAGGAUGUGCGCAAUCGCAGCAGCAAUGCUGUGGAACGCAACAAGCUACAACACGAAGUGCCCGAUCACGUGCCCGACUCUUCUGGCUUUAUACCCCAUCGCAUUGGCCAUCCUGUGCACCUGGAUUACGGUUCUACGGGCGUUGAUUCCAGUGGAGCUCCUACAGGAAGCGGAGGAUAUCAUGCUGCGCCCUAUGAAAACAGCAAAUGGCAGGAGGAAUACUGGGAUCAGGAAUACGCGGGACAACAGCACCAACACAAUGGAACCAGAGUGCAGCACAUCGAAGCGGAAUGUCAGGAUGACUAUAUGAAGAUACGCAUUGGCUUCAAUGGCUCUUUCAGUGGUUUGCUUUAUUCAGCUGGUUAUGCUUAUGAUCCAGACUGUAUGUACAUCAAUGGAUCUGGUAGGGACUACUACGAAUUUUAUAUUCAAUUAAAUCGAUGUGGUACAUUGGGCAAGAAUUCUCUGCAAGAGGAAAGUCGCAAGAAUCCCACGAACUUUAUGUGGAAUACGGUAACAGUGCAGUAUAAUCCACUGAUUGAAGAGGAGUAUGAUGAGCACUUCAAGGUCACCUGCGAGUAUGGCUAUGAUUUCUGGAAAACUGUGACAUUUCCCUUUCUAGAUGUGGAGGUGGCCACUGGUAAUCCUGUAGUCUUUACACUAAGUCCACCCGAAUGCUAUAUGGAAAUCCAGAAUGGCUAUGGCAUUGGAGGUCCACGUGUGACUGGUCCAGUGCGUGUGGGCGAUCCCCUGACCUUGAUCAUCUACAUGAGGAGCAAAUAUGACGGCUUCGACAUUGUGGUCAACGAUUGCUAUGCACACAAUGGCGCCAACAAGCGGAUACAACUCAUCGAUCAGCACGGUUGUCCGGUGGAUGACAAGCUCAUCUCACGCUUCAGGGGUUCCUGGUCGGAUUCUGGAGUGUACGAGACCCAGGUGUAUGCCUACAUGAAGACCUUCCGGUUCACUGGCUCCCCGGCGCUCUAUAUUGAGUGCGAUGUGCGGAUGUGCCAUGGGCGGUGUCCAAGCCAACCAUGUCACUGGAGAAAUCUAAAGGCGGUGACCAAGCGCGACACCUCGAAUAUGACGGCCACAAAUCUUUCCAUGCCGCCAUUAUCCGCCGAAGGCGAUGGCUUGACCACGGAGAAUCCGCCAGCGAAUUCGCUUUCGGAGAACGUAAAUCUCUUCCAGUCACUUCGAGUUUUGCAAGAGGGGGAAACUGAUGGGGAUGAUGUGUAUGCCCAUCGGCAGUCGAAGCCCUUGUCGCCACACCAAACCUGCCUGAAGACCUCGACAUUUUCGGCGCUGACCGCUGGCUGCUCGGCGAUAUUGUGUGUGCUUACAGUAACCCUCUUCAUUGCCUGCUCGAGAUUAAAGCGCCGCAAGGAGUCCUCACUGUACGACUCGUAUAUAGCACACAAAGGACAAAUCGAUUGAUAGCACGCAAUCUGGCCAAGUUUUGGCCUUGUUCUGAGCACAUUGUGUAUAUAGCUUUUGACCCACAACAUUCUGUUUUAGUUAGAGCUAAGUUUGCUGUAGUCUUUUUAUUAGGUUCUGCGUGUUAGACUUAAGUUUUGAUUUUGCCAACUA